CGGGGAGGAGGAGGAGGAGGAGGAGAGGGGAUAAUCUGAGAGAGAGAGACAACGGCAGGGACGGCGCCUCGUCGAAUGAGACGAUGGUGAUGAAGAUUUCCGCGGUCGAGGCUGGCGUUCCUUUACUAAGCGCCGUCGGUCCCCGCUGCGUCGUCAAGCAGGCCACGGUGAAACGAUGCGUCGCGGCGCUACUCCUCGUCUCCGUCGCCAGUAUAUUUUAUUACACGCAUUAUAUCAUCAGCAGCCCGCUGUCCAGUCUAAUCCAUCGAGACACUAGACCAGAGCCAUCGAUCAGGUGUUCGACGCUGAGGGGCGCAACGAGGUUACCCUCCGCGCCGGAUCAUCGCAGCGAGGCUCGUUUGAGGACGGAUCCAAAGGUAUUGGUCUUCGUGGAAACGCUCUAUUCUAUGUUGGGAAAAAACAUAGCGGAACUGCUCGUCUCUAAUCGAAUCAAGUACAAACUGGAAGUGGCUGGCAAGUCUCUACCCGUGUUGACAAACUUGGACAAAGGUCGAUACGGUGUCUUAAUCUUUGAGAAUCUGAACAAGUACCUGCAAAUGGACAAGUGGAAUCGCGAAUUGCUAGACAAAUAUUGCAGAGAGUAUUCGGUCGGCAUCGUGGGAUUCGCGCCGUCCGGCGAGGAAAGUCUGGUCGGUGCACAGCUGAAGGGUUUUCCUUUGUUCGUGCAUACUAAUCUCAGGCUGAAGGAUGCACAACUGAACGCGGCGUCUCCUAUCCUCCGAUUAACCAGAUCCGGAGAAACGGCCUGGGGACCACUUCCUGGCGGUGACUGGACCAUUUUUCAGGCCAAUCACAGCACCUACGAACCCCUGGCAUGGGCACAUCGGGACAGCCUCGACUAUCCGGCCAAUAAAAGUCCUCUGGCGACUGUCAUUCAGGAUCACGGGAGAUACGAUGGGAUUCAGAGAGUCUUUUUCGGCGGAGGAUUACGAUUCUGGCUACACAACUUGUUGUUGCUCGACUCUCUCUCCUACUUGUCCCACGGCCAGUUGAGCCUAAGCCUUAAUCGCAUGAUCUUGGUGGACGUCGAUGAUAUAUUCGUCGGUGAGAAGGGAACGAGAUUAAGAAAGGAUGACGUGAUGGCGCUGUUGAUUACUCAACAGAGGAUCCAAGCGUUGGUGCCUGGUUUCAAAUUUAACUUGGGGUUUUCUGGAAAAUAUUUCCAUCACGGCACCUCCGAGGAAAAUCUGGGGGACGAUAUGCUUCUGGAGAACGUCGACAGAUUUACGUGGUUUUCUCACAUGUGGAAUCAUCAACAACCUCACCUUUACGAGAAUGUAACGCAUCUACAAUUAGACAUGGCGUUGAACAAACAAUUCGCGAAAGACCACGGAAUCCCAACAGGAAGCGGUUACAGCGUAAGUCCUCAUCAUUCCGGCGUUUAUCCGGUCCACGAAGGACUAUAUGAAGCGUGGAAAAGAGUGUGGAACAUCAAAGUCACGAGCACAGAAGAGUAUCCCCAUUUGAGGCCAGCUCGAUUAAGAAGAGGAUUUAUUCAUCGUAAUAUAAUGGUUCUACCGAGACAAACCUGUGGCCUUUUCACACACACGAUCUUCAUCGAUAGAUAUCCAGGCGGAAGAGAGAAGCUGGACAGAUCGAUACAGGGUGGCGAACUCUUCCAGACAAUCGUUCACAAUCCUAUCAAUAUUUUUAUGACGCACAUGUCGAAUUAUGGAAACGAUCGUCUGGCAUUGUACACCUUCGAGUCCGUGAUCAAAUUCAUCCAAUGUUGGACGAACUUGAGAUUAUCCAGUGCACCGCCUCUUCAGUUAGCGGAAAGAUAUUUUCAACUCUAUCCCGAGGAAUCUGAUCCUGUGUGGGGUAAUCCCUGUGAUGAUCAGAGGCAUCAAAAGAUUUGGUCGAGGAACAAGACGUGCGACCAACUGCCAAGGUUUCUGGUAAUUGGUCCUCAAAAAACCGGCACCACUGCUCUCUACACCUUCCUCUCCAUUCAUCCUGCGAUAAGCAGCAAUUUGCCAAGUCCCGACACGUUCGAGGAGAUUCAGUUCUUCAAUGGAAAAAAUUAUUACAAAGGCCUUGAUUGGUACAUGAGCUUCUUCCCAGCAUCGAAAAACGAGAGUUCGCGGUAUCUGUUCGAAAAAUCUGCAACUUAUUUCGAUGGGGAAUUAGUACCACGCAGAGCUCACGCUCUUCUACCCAGAGCAAAAUUAAUUACUAUACUACUUUCGCCCGCUAGGCGUGCCUAUUCAUGGUACCAGCACACGAGAGUUCACGGCGAUCCUGUAGCGAAUAAUUAUUCCUUUCACUCGGUUAUCACCGCAAGCGAUACAGCACCAAAACCCCUACGCGAUCUCAGGAAUAGAUGUUUAAAUCCCGGAAAAUACGCUCAACAUCUGGAAAGAUGGCUUUCCUAUUAUCCGCCUCAGCAAUUGCACAUUAUAGACGGCGAACAGUUGCGACAAAAUCCUGUAGAGACGUUGCACGAGUUACAAAGGUUCCUCAAGAUCACGCCCGCUUUCAAUUACUCGUCUCAUUUGAGGUACGAUCCGAAGAAAGGAUUCUUUUGUCAAGUUACCAACGAGGAUCGAACGAAAUGCCUUGGCAAGAGUAAAGGCCGUCAAUAUCCGCCUAUGGAGGAUAAAUCGUACAAAUUAUUACAGAGAUAUUAUUUAUCCCACAACACAGCCCUAGUAAAAUUAUUGAAACGGCUCGGGUUGAGAACUAUCCCACAAUGGCUGAAGGAAGACCUUACCGACACGGUGAUGACCUAGCAAACGUCGAUUAUAUGAAACGACACCGUUUCUGAAUUGUUUAUCUCUACGGUGAACGAAAUUCACCGGUUAUUAGCUGAAGAUCUGUAACAUAAUUGUACAUUCGAUAUAUUCCACUGGACUCCAAAUCCUCGACGGAAGGACCAUUACAGUGGCCUAUCCCAGUGGUUUGGCCUAAGAUCCGUGGGAAGCCUGCGAAACUAGUCACUUGAACGAUUUUAAGGUGAAUCGUGACUGUCGAUCGUUGUUAAGCCAAUAGCACUAUUAUUAACGUUAUGUUAUCAUUGUCAUCGUUGUUGCGUCGUAGAGAACAUGAUUAUUAAGAUUACAGCCCGUUCGCUGGUGCCAUCAUCCGUCUAUAAUGAUUGGACGCUUUUCGUUCUGAUCUUUACUACUAAAAGAUUAUAAUGUAAUAAAAAGAAAAAAAAAAAAGAGAAUUCUAUAAUUUGUACUCGAGUUAAAUUCUUCUUCAAUCUUAGUAGAACAUAUUUUUCUUCAACGAAGAAGACGACAAUUAUAUCAAUUAAAUCAAAAGAUCACAAACAGGAACGCACAUUUUGACUUUGCGUAAUGAUAAUCGUAAACAAUUUGUCGACUCGAGUACAAUGACUCUUUAUCAAAUUUGAGUAGUAAAGAGAAGAAGGAUGCUUUGACGAGUGAAAUUAGAAGAGAUAAAAAAAAA